AUGGUUGGAACAAGCAACAAGGUACUGAAGCCGACACGACAAGAGGAUGAUAAAUUCGCAAAGAAAUCUGGGGUAUUGCUAGAAAAACUAGACAAUAAAAUUUUAGAGAUUAAUCAGUUGAAAGCAGCAGCCACCAAAGAAACACCGGAACCGGAAUCAACCACCAAAGACGAGUUUAAUUCUGAUGGGGAAGAAAUGGAACCCUCAGAGGCUAUUGACUGGGAUGAUAAAAUUUCUGUGCUUCAAAACGUUGAUCCAAAUGCUUUCCGUCAAUACGAAUUAGCUUGUGAUAGAGUCAAACUGUUCUAUAUUGAACAACACGAGAAGCAAACAGUGGCAUACAACAUUCAAGCUCGUAUAAACUUCAAGACUAAAACAAGAGCUAAGAUGUCGGUUUGGGAAGGAUUAGAAAAGUUGAAUAAGCUUCUAGACGAUUCAGAUCCUGAUACCGAGUUGUCCCAAAUAGAUCAUGCAUUACAAACAGCUGAAGCCAUAAGACGAGAUAAAAAACCAAGAUGGUUCCAGUUGGUGGGGUUGAUCCACGAUCUAGGGAAGCUUUUAUAUUUCUUUGACUCCCAAGGUCAAUGGGAUGUUGUUGGUGAUACUUUCCCUGUGGGGUGUAAGUUUCUGAAGAAGAUUAUUUUCGCUGAAACAUUCAAGAAGAACUCUGAUUUCUUUAACCCCUUGUAUAACACAAAGUACGGCAUCUACUACAAGAAUUGUGGGCUAGACAAAGUGAUGUUAUCAUGGGGUCAUGAUGAGUACAUGUACCAUGUAGCGAAGAGGAAUUCUAAAUUACCUCCUGAGGCAUUGGCUAUGAUUCGAUACCAUUCAUUUUAUCCAUGGCAUAAAGAGAAUGCUUACCAAUAUUUGAUGAAUGAAGAUGAUAAGAAAAUGUUGAGUGCGGUAAGAGCUUUCAACAAGUACGAUUUAUAUUCAAAGAGCGAUGAUCAACCAUUGCUUGAUGUGAAAGAAUUAAAGGGUUAUUAUUUGGAUCUCAUUGAUGAAUAUUUCCCUACAAAGAUCAUUGAAUUUUAG